ACCAUGAUUCUAAAAGUCUAUACAAGCCUUUUGCUCUUAUUCUUGGUCAAUUCCGUGUGGACUCGAACUGUGAGACAAGUUUAUGAUGAUCUGGAUCCUGACCAUUGGUCUCACUAUACUUCUGAGUGUCCACAGGAAUGCUUUUGUCCUCCUAGUUUCCCCAAUGCAUUAUACUGUGAUAACAAAGGACUUAAAGAAAUACCUCCAAUUCCAGCAAGAAUUUGGUACCUCUAUCUUCAAAACAAUCAAAUUGAAACAAUUUCAGAGAAGCCUUUUGUGAAUGCCACUCAUCUGAGAUGGAUCAAUCUGAACAAGAAUAAGAUCACCAACAGUGGAAUUGAGAGUGGUGUGCUGAGCAAGCUGAAAAGACUGCUUUACUUAUUCCUUGAAGAGAACGAAUUGGAAGAGGUGCCUGCCCCAUUACCAGUGGGUCUGGAACAGCUAAGACUAGCUAGAAACAAAAUCUCCAGAAUCCCAGAAGGAGUCUUUAGCCACUUGGAAAACCUUACUAUGUUAGACCUGCACCAGAACAGUUUGUUGGACAGCGCUCUUCAAAGUGACACCUUCCAAGGACUCAACAACCUUAUGCAACUCAACAUAGCAAAAAAUUCACUCAAGAAAAUGCCUUUAAGCAUUCCAGCUAAUACACUCCAGCUUUUUUUGGACAACAACUCCAUUGAAGUUAUACCAGAAAACUACUUCAGUGCAAUACCCAAAGUGACUUUCCUUAGGCUGAACUACAAUAAAUUAUCUGAUGAUGGUAUCCCUCCAAAUGGGUUUAACGUUUCAUCUAUUCUAGACCUACAGCUGUCUCACAAUCAGCUCACUAAAGUUCCACCAAUCAAUGCUCACCUUGAGCACCUUCAUCUUGAUCACAACAAAAUCAAAAGUGUCAAUGGUACUCAGAUAUGCCCAGUUUCCAUUGCCCUAGAAGAAGAUUAUGGUUAUUAUGGCAACAUCCCUCGCCUCCGAUACCUUCGUCUGGAUGGAAAUGAAAUUCAACCUCCAAUCCCAUUGGACAUCAUGAUUUGUUUCCGACUACUUCAAGCUGUUGUCAUAUAAAGAUAUUGCAGUGUCACUCUUGUACUGUGAGAAUGCUAAGAUACAAGUUUUGCUGGAAUGAAACUUGUUCUAACUCAUA